UCCAUGCUUAUAGAGAAGAUGCUGUCACGGGAUCUGCUGCUUAGUCUUCAGCUCCCUGAGCUGGAUGAUCUGGGUCAGUUCAUACAAUCCCUGCCCACCUCCACAUUGGUGGGUUUAGGUGUGCUCACCACUGUGCUAGCAUACUGGUUCGUGGCACGCCCUCGUGCUAUUAUUCCACCCUGUGACCUCUGGCACCAGUCACAGGAAGUAGAGAUGGAAGAUGGUGCUCACAAGUCCAUGAUAAGCAACAGCUCCAAGCUGCUCUCAUACUACCAUGAAGACGCCAAGACAAUGUAUGAGGUGUUCCAGCGAGGGCUGCAUAUAACUGGUGAUGGGCCAUUUUUAGGCUCCAGACUCCCCAGUCAGCCCUACAAAUGGCUGUCUUACAAAGAGGUCUUCAGCAGGGCGGAGCAUUUGGGGUCUGGUUUGCUGUCUCACGGUUGUCAGCCCAACACUGAUCAGUUCAUUGGGGUGUUUGCACAGAACAGGCCAGAGUGGAUCAUUUCUGAGCUGGCAUGCUACACAUAUUCAAUGGUGGUGGUGCCACUUUAUGAUACUCUAGGACCUGAUGCUAUACGGUAUAUCAUUAACACAGGCCUGAAAUAUAAUCUUCACAUGUAUGCUUUGGGUAGAGAGCACUGUAGGAAGCCAGUGCCACCUCAGCCUGAUGACCUGUCCAUUGUCUGUUUUACCAGUGGCACCACAGGAAAUCCAAAGGGGGUGAUGCUGACCCACGGGAAUGUUGUUGCUGACUUUGGUGGCUUUUUGAAAGUGACAGAUAAAGUGAUCUUUCCGAACCAAGAUGAUGUUCUCAUUUCCUUCCUGCCUCUUGCCCACAUGUUUGAGAGGCUGAUUGAGUCAGCUGUUAUCUGUCAUGGUGGGAGGAUUGGCUUUUUCCAAGGUGAUAUUCAUUUUCUACCGGAUGACAUGAAGACUCUCAGACCCACCAUUUUCCCUGUGGUGCCUCGUCUCCUAAACCGUAUGUAUGACAAGAUCUUUAGUCAGGCCAACACCCCACUGAAAUGCUGGCUGCUGAAUUUUGCAGCCAAGAGAAAAGGAGCCGAAGUGAGUAGAGGUGUCAUCCGCAGCGACAGCAUAUGGGACAAGAUCUUCUUCCAUAAGAUCCAGGCCAGUCUGGGUGGGAGGUUACGUAUGAUCAUCACUGGAGCGGCCCCUGCCUCCCUAUCAGUACUGGGCUUCCUGAGAGCAGCUCUGGGGUGUCAGGUUUAUGAGGCCUACGGUCAGAAAGAGUGCACUGCUGGUUGCACAUUUACCACUCCUGGAGACUGGACAUCUGGUCAUGUAGGUGCACCUCUGCCAUGUAAUCUCAUCAAACUUGUGGAUGUGGCAGAGAAGAACUACUUUGCUGCUAAAAGAGAGGGAGAGAUUUGUGUAAAAGGCCCAAACGUGUUUAAGGGUUAUCUGAAAGAUCCAGUGAGGACCACUGAGAUGCUGGAUGCAGAUGGAUGGCUUCACACAGGAGACAUUGGAAAAUGGCUACCAAAUGGCACAUUGAGGAUCAUUGACAGGAAGAAACAUAUCUUUAAAUUAGCUCAAGGUGAAUAUAUUUCUCCAGAGAAAAUAGAAAACAUCUACAUCCGUAGUGAACCCGUGUCUCAGCUCUAUGUCCAUGGCGACAGUCUGCAGUCGUGUCUGGUUGGAAUUGUUGUCCCAGAUCCAGAGGUUUUUCCCUCAUGGGCUCAGAAGAAAGGAUUUGGGGGAUGCUUUGGAGAACUAUGUGAUAAAAAAGAAGUGAAGAAAGCCAUCCUAGAUGACAUGGUGCGCUUGGGAAAAGCAAGUGGCCUCCACUCAUUCGAGCAGGUUAAAGACAUACACAUUCAUAAAGAAAUGUUCUCUAUACAAAAUGGAUUGCUGACCCCCACUUUAAAAGCCAAGAGACCAGAGCUGAAGGAGUAUUUCAAGACAGAGAUUGAGCAACUGUACAGCAACAUCUCCAUGUAA